CAGAAAACAACCUCAGCAUUGGUCAGCGGAAAAGCGAGGAGUUAUCAUCAUUUCGAGCCAGCCAAACAGAGACCUAACUAACACCACAGCAAAACAUCCCCUUUUCUCCUUCCUUUCCUCUCUCAGAUCUCCCAAUCGAUCGCCGCCGUGUUUGUCCAGCCUGUUCUCGCCUCUUCCGUUCGCUUCUCGCACUUUCAACAAUCGCCGGUUCGAUUGACUUGAUCGGAAUUGGCGGGGAUGAGAAACUUCCGUCUGGUUUAGUCCCAGAGUUUCGCGCGGCCUGAAUAAACCUGCCGGGAAAUCGUCAUGUGGAGAAGCUCUGCAAGUUGCUCCUCCAAGUUCCUCUGGAACGGCUCUGUACUAUCGCCGUCUUCUCUUUCCACACUCCGGAGCUCCCCUUCUGUUCCGAAUUCAGUUUUCCCAUUAUCGUCCAUUCCCGCCGCUGCCCCGUCUCAUUCGCCUUCGGAUCCUUCAAAACUAGGGUUUCUGCCGGGGAGAUCAGAUGGGAUCCGAGCUCUAUCCUCAGUUCCCUCCCCUGCCGCUGUUGAUGUCCCUUCGUUGACAUAUGGAGUUCAAUUGGCUCGUCACUACGGCCGCUGCUUCUGGGAGCUCUCCAAAGCUCGCCUCAGUAUGCUGGUCGUUGCAACUUCAGGAACGGGGUAUGUUCUAGGGAGCGGGAGUGCAGUGGAUUUCGCGGGACUUUGUUGGACUUGUGCUGGUACAAUGAUGGUUGCAGCUUCUGCCAACUCAUUGAAUCAGGUCUUUGAGGUCAAGAACGAUGCCUUAAUGAAAAGGACAAGAAAUAGGCCGCUUCCUUCUGGGCGGAUGACUGUUCCCCAGGCAGUGGCUUUUGCAUCUUCAGUUGGCUUGGCUGGAACUGCUUUGUUGGCAUACAAGGUGGCCGAACAAUUUCACCAACUUUGUCCAGGCUUAGAUUAUGAUACCAGUCCUUCCUCUGAUACUAGGAAGUUGUGGCAGACUAAUAUGAUGGCGGCAGGGUUAGCAGCAUCCAACCUGGUCUUAUAUGCAUUUGUAUACACCCCAUUGAAACAGAUCCACCCAGUCAACACCUGGGUUGGAGCAGUUGUUGGUGCCAUUCCACCACUUCUGGGGUGGGCUGCUGCUUCUGGUGGUCAGAUUUCCCUCAACUCGAUGAUUCUCCCUGCUGCACUCUACUUUUGGCAAAUCCCCCAUUUCAUGGCACUUGCAUAUAUGUGUCGGCAUGACUAUGCUGCUGGAGGGUACAAGAUGCUCUCCCUUGCCGACACCACUGGCCGAAGAACUGCCCUGGUGGCUUUGAGGAAUUGCAUUUAUCUGGUUCCUUUGGGGUUUAUGGCGUAUGAAUGGGGUAUGGCUUCUGGUUGGUUUUGUCUGGAAUCAUCGGUUCUGACCCUAGCAAUCGCUGCAUCGGCAUUUUCUUUCUACCGGGAACCAACAACAGAGAAGGCAAGGAAGAUGUUUCAUGCCAGCCUUCUAUACCUUCCCAUAUUCAUGGCCGGGAUUCUCCUUCACCGACAAACAGAGAUGUCAACUGACGAGCUUCCAUCUACCAUGACUGCGGAAAUAGAAGAUAGGGAAGGCUUGAGAAGCAGAAACCAGGCAAAGAAGAAGGAACAACUGGAUGGUUCAGAUUUUGGCUCACGAGUCCGCGCACCAGUAGCUUAUGCUUCUGUUGCACCUUUCCCUUUCCUUCCGGCCCCUUCAUAUGCAUAUUCUUUAUAGUUUUUGUGGAAUUUUUUGGCGCUUCUCCACACUUCACCUUGCAGAAAAUCUGGCAAUAAUCUAUUAUGGGUGUCGAUCCUUGGAUCAUUAUAGUAACACUUUUUUUUUUUUGGGUUCUCUAAUUCUAUUGUGGGAAUGCUCCUUAUUGGACCAACUUCUUUUUGAACCUGAUAAAUGCAUGGAAAGAAAUGCUAGUCCCUGAUUUUGCUGCCUGCCCUUGGUGCCUUUCUUCCUGGGUUUAGAGUUGUGGUAGUAAUAUGGUAACUGUUAAUUCUCUCUUCUAUGUUACCUCUUAUAAUUUUUCAUAUGUGAUAGGACUCGAUCAUCGGAGCAUCCUUCUGAACUCCGAUCAGAGAAAACUAGAUGCCCGGUGCACGACUCUUCUGUUCGUUCCUUUCUCGAUAUCUUUACCCCGAUUCCUCUGCAAGCUUAUGUAACUAAAAAGCAACAGAGAGAAGCAUAUUGAAGAUAAUGGAAAUGGAACGAGAUGGAUCCAUUGUGCCAUUGCCGCAGCAGCUGCACGCAUUCCAUCAAUUAUCAACAUUGCUCCCUACACAGACAAGAUAGAACAGUGUACUACUCUGUCUUCACCUUUUGACCAAAAGAAUCCCAUCUCUUCUCUCUGUCCCAUUUCAUUCCAUUCAACCUUAUAUUCUGUUACCACACAGAAGCAACCAAACUAGAUAUCUGUCACAACCAUUGAAACUGGUGAUUCAUUUCUGUUUGCCCCGACUUUCCAUAUCUCUCUACUCAGAGCUAUCUUGACUUUUCUGGUUUGCUCUUUGGGCUUUCUUGGAGAAAACGGAAAAUUGGGAUUCAUUUCUGCGCAUUACCUUGCCUGGAAAGAAGGAUAGCAUAGGAAAGGGGGAAAAAAGAUCAGAUGGCAGGAAGUGCCAAUUAAGUAUGGAAAGUGGCAAUAAUUGGCUUCCGAGAGGUAUGCAUCACUUUUACAUAAAUCUUCACUAACUUUGAGCU